AUGGUUUUUGUCACCUACUUUGACCUACGUGCAGCAGAACGAGCCCGGGAGAGAUUGCAAGGGUCCGAGAUCAGUGGGCGACCUAUUGAUGUCCAUUAUUCCCUGCCGCGUGAUGAUGCGAAGGGUGACAAGGAAAAGAACCAAGGAAUGCUACAGGUCUCUUUGAGAAAUUCUCCCUCAGGACAGCCAAUCGACGACAACGAAGUACGCCGUAAGUUUCAACAGUUUGGCGAUGUCAAAUCCGUCACGCCCGUUGGCGAUCUUACUGAUUCUCGUUAUGUCGAAUUCUAUGAUACUAGGGCUUGCGAGGAGGCGUUCGAUCGCCUUCGACAUCAGGGUCUACAGGACGGCGUUAUGGAUAUAGUGUUUGCUUGGGACGCCUCCAACGAUGCCGUAGGUCCGUCCGGAGGCGGCGGUGGACACCGAAAUAAUUACGACGGUGGGCGAGGCGGAGGCGACUGGGAAGAUGGUCCCCGGGGAGGACACCGCGGUCGGGGCCGAGGUAGGGGUCGCGGACGCGGCCGUGGUGGUGGAGGAGGAGGCCCUGGUCCCGGCCCUGGUGGUUACGAUGAUUAUGAUGAUCGUCGAGAUAGCUUUGGUAGGGAUCGAGAUAGAGGUGGUGGUGGAGGCGGGCCAGGAGGGGGGAGAGGCCGUUGGGGAGAUGACGAUUAUGGAGCUCGCGGGGGACGAGGGCGUGGAGGAGGAGGAGGCUUCAAUGAUCGAUACGACAACCACCAAGGAGGGUACAACUCGGGCCCUCCAGGCGGCGGGUACGGUGGCGGCGGCCCGUCCGGUCCUCCUCCUCCUGCGAUAUAUCACCAACCUCCACCCACCGCACCGGCUCCUGCUGCCGCGCCAGAUGAUCGUCUAGAACAAACACGCAAAGUGCAGCGGUUGCUGGAGGCACUUAAACAACCCGCCCCACCUCCCUCCGCUGGUCUUCCCCCUCCUCUUGGACCUCCUGGAAUGUCAGGACCUCCUCCUUCGAGCUACUAUAACCCUCCUCCCUCUGCUUAUCCUGGCGCAGGCCCUCCUAAUCCAUAUGCGCCACCGCCUUCUAUUAACACACCUCCACCAGGCGGUCCGUCGCCUGCCGCGAUACCUAAUAUCCUAGCACUACUGCAAACUCAAAUUCAAAACCAACAGCAACAGCAACAGCAAGCUAACUCUCAGCAGUCAGCACCGUCGCCCUAUGGAAUGCCACCUCCCCAGCAUUCGAUGAUGGGCGGACCACCACCUCCCUCGCAAGCUAACGGCACACCACCCGGCGGACAAACUUAUCAGCAAUUAAUGGCGUAUCUUCAAUCACAGAAACGCAACUAA